AUGAGCAGCGAGGUUGAUGCUCUCUACAUCUAUGAUGAGUAUAGUGCCCCCAUUGUAGAGCAUGUGUACCGCUCACGGCCGCCCUCCGCGGCCUCGAUAUUACCCCUCUAUAAGGCCCAUCCGGCCCCGAGACCGUCCCUGGUAUAUCUUCCCAACGCGGCGCCACCGGUGACGGUGUUCUCGAUCACGCACUCGAAUCUACUGUUUCUCGCCGUGUCCGAGGUGGAGGCCGAGCCGCUGCUCGUGCUCGAGUUCCUACAUCGCGUGAUUGACGUGCUGGAGGAGUUUGUCGGGGCGCCCCUGCUCGCCUCCAAGCUGCAGUCGAGCUACGAUGUGGUUGCGCAGCUGCUCAACGAGAUGUGCGAUGCGGGCAUCGUAUGCAACACGGAGCUGAAUGCGUUACAGGAGGUUGUCGAGGUCGAGGGAUGGAUGGGGAAGCUGCUUGGCGGGGUGACACUGCCGGGUGCCACCACGCCUAAUUUAGGAUCGAAUAACCCCCUCAAGCAACAAUUGGCGGCGGCCAGCCUCGCGCAAGGGCCCGCCAUCCCCUGGAGACGGCCGAACGUGCGGCACACGUCGAACGAGCUCUACGUGGACAUUGUCGAAUCCCUCUCGGUCGUCAUGGCCCCCUCCGGGCGAGUGCUGUCGGCCCUCGUAUCUGGGACGAUAGCCUUCACGGCCAAGAUAUCCGGCAUCCCGGAUCUGCUGCUCUCGCUGACUGCGCCGGGCGGCCAACAAGCAAUUGCUCGCAAGAUCGACCUGCCGGUCUUCCACCCGUGCGUGAGACUUGCACGGUGGCGGGAGCAGCCGGGAGAGCUGAGCUUUGUGCCGCCGGAUGGACGCUUCAUCCUAGCGGGAUAUGAAGUUGACCUUCUCCCCAUGGACCCCAGCCUGGACCGCCCGCCGAGCCAUAUGGAAAAGAUCUUCCUCCCCGCAAUCGUCGAUAUUCGAAAAUCACUAGGCCCGAAUCAUUCCGAGUUUGAAGUGCGACUCACCCUCAACACCAACUUUCCGGGCUUCCCGCCCGCCGCUUCGCGACCCAGCGCCGGACGGAACGGGUCGGGGACCUCGACCCCGUCCUUCCUCGCAGGAGGAAGCGGCGGCGGUGGCGGCGGCGGCGGCGGAAACUCCUCCUCUCCCGUCUUGGAGGAGGUCGUUGUCACGAUCCCCAUCUCCAAGUCUGUCCGCAGCAUCACCGCCAUGCAGGCGAGUCGGGGCGAACCGCAGUUCUCCCCCGGCAGCGAUGUUCUCGAAUGGCGCGUCCCCACCAAGGAUGCCGGCACGAUUUCCGGCACCGCAACCCUCCGCUGCACCGUCGCCGGAUACCAGUCUGUAGACGAGGGAUUCGACGACCCGGCGGAGACGGAAGACGUCGAAGCCAACGCCAACCUACUCCAGGGCUACUACGAAGCCCCGACCUCGUACCAGACCAGCGGGUCAGCGAAGGAUUCGUCAAGUCGCAAACGCAAGACCAAGAAGAAGAAAACCAAAAAGUCUCGCUCCACCGCUGCUACUACUUCCACCAUUCCCGAUACGCCUGACGAACCGUCGGAUCCCUCGAAACCGCAAAGCCCUGUCCCGACGCCACCGCUGCAACAACAACAACAACAUCCUGCUUCCUCGAGCAUCUUCCACCCGCCCGCACGCAAGACCAAGGCCCAGCUAUACGCCAGCCUAAUGCCCAACUCUGCGGCAGUCUCGUUCUCCGUGCGCGGGUGGCUCCCCUCCGGCAUCCGCGUGGACAGUCUAAAUCUAGAUCCACGGCGGAGUCGCGGGCUAGGCGAGGGUGUCAAGCCGUACAAGGGAGUCAAAUAUCUGUGUGUGAGUCGGAGGGGGGUCGAACGGCGGUGUUAG